UUGGAACUAAGGAUUCUUGCUCAUCUGGCCAAAUGUGAGAGCAUGUUGGAUGCUUUUAAAGCUGGUGGAGAUUUCCACUCAAGGACUGCUAUGAAUAUGUAUCCACACAUUCUUGCUGCUGUUGAACGAAAAGAAGUGCUUCUCGAGUGGCAUCCUCAAUCUGGUGAAGAUAAGCCUCCAGUGCCUUUGCUAAAGGAUGCGUAUGCUUCUGAAAGAAGGAAAGCAAAGAUGCUAAACUUUUCAAUUGCAUACGGAAAAACUAUCGUGGGACUUGCCCGUGACUGGAAGGUUUCCCGUGAAGAAGCUCAAGAGACAGUUGACCUCUGGUACAGUGACAGACAAGAAGUCCUGAAGUGGCAGGAAGACCGUAAGAAAGAAGCGCGUAAUCGCAACAAGGUCUUCACAUUGCUAGGGAGGGCACGCGACUUCCCAUCACUGAAGAACGCCAGCUCAGCGCAUAGACAUCACAUCGAACGUGCUGCCAUCAAUGCCCCAGUGCAG